GCGCAACCACAUGUUUAAUGGCAGGAUUUGUCCGCGCAAUUGGUGAGCUCACCUAAUUUGCCGGCUACAGCAGCGUUCGACAUGAAUUCUGUCCGGAUUCGGGCAUGUUUUAAUAACAUUGCCGUGUCUUGGAGUCGGCAUCCCGGGCGAGGAAUAAAUUCCGCCUGGACUCAUCGAUCCAUACUCCAUCAAACCAGAUGUCAAUCCUUCUCUCAGUCCGCAGCGCGAACGGGAAUUGCAGCACCAGAGAUAGACUUCUCUACCAAUGAGCAAAUCCGCGAUGUUUCCCUUCUAGAGAGGGUCCGAGUCAUUCCGGCAUCGCCGUCGUACUUUACCGCGAAGCCCGAUUUUACGGAUAGCUUCCUCUCACUCCAAAACAUCUACCGCAAAUACCAAACCCUGCCAACGGUUCAACCAGGUCAUGCGCCGCGUGUCUCUUGGAAGAGUUUGGCACAGUAUCGAUUGCUCGUUGGAGAACCAGUCAAAGCUGCCAAAUAUCACAAGGUCCUUCAAAUUCUCGGUCGAUUGAAUCAAAUCCACCCUUCGCUCAUGCCGGAGGAAGUGCGCAGAGAGAUCGACAGCUAUAAGCGACUUUUGAAUGCCCAUGAGAAUAUGCCGCGAGAACGCACCGGCGAUGGGUUUGGUAGAGCUAUUGGUGUCGGAAGAAGAAAGUCUUCCUCGGCAAGAGUUUGGUUGGUAGAAGGAGACGGUCAGGUGUUAGUUAACGGCAAAAGCUUGACAGAGACUUUCCCAAGGUUACAUGACAGAGAAAGCGCACUUUGGGCUCUGAAGGCUACUCAACGUCUUGAUAAGUACAACGUAUGGGCACUAGUUUCCGGGGGAGGUCUCACUGGUCAAGCUGGCGCGUUGACAUUGGGCGUCGCAAAAGCCCUCCUUAUUCACGAGCCAGCGUUGAAGCCUGCACUCCGACGAGCCGGUUGUAUCACUCGCGAUCCAAGGCGCGUUGAGCGGAAGAAGCCAGGAAAGGUCAAAGCUAGGAAAAUGCCGGCUUGGGUCAAGAGAUGAGGACCUGAAAAUUUUUUUCGGAGAGGAGCUACACUUCAACGGGCCACUAUUUUUUUGUACCUUCGAUGCAUUUUUCGCCGCACCUUCUUUUUCAUGUAUUGCGGCAUGGACAGAUCACAACCAUAUUGUGCUAUUCCUCGGAAGCGGAUUCGCAAUUAUUGUAUUAGGCUUGUAUAUUUAUGGAGCGCUCCGAGGAUGUAACUGUUUAAAAUCACCCAAGGCUGAGGGAUAUAAUUAAAUUCAUAUCAUGCGCUUUUUCCCCCUGUCAGUCUUCAAAUAACACAACCAGAUUAUCAACCCAGAUUCUUUCAAAUUUCCUCAGACACUACAAUCGGUUUGCUCACCGACCACUACCACUCAGAUAAUAGGCCCAUUUCCGAUAAGGC